AUGGACUCAGGGAAAGUUGAAAGCAUCCUUACCUGGCCUAUUCCAACCUCAGUUCGAGAGAUUGUGUUUCGAUCAGGAAAGGAACAAGGAAAAUCCGAUGCUUUGUCUAGAAGAUCGAAUUACCAACCUCAAAAUAGCGAUGAAACAGUGACUCAGCAACACACUAUAUUGUUAAAGACCCAAAACCUUUAUAUAAGUGCUACCUUCACAACACCAAUUAAUACUGCCAUGAGGGACCGAAUCCGUAACCAGUUGAGGAGUGACCCACUAGCUUUAGAUAUAAUUAAACACAAAGAACUCCCUGAUAAUGGUGGUUCAAAUAAACGUUCCGAUUACCAUAUGUUUCAAUUUUCUGAUGGUGGCCAAAGCUUCGCUUUUUCAUCAAAAACUACAUUAAAUCUUGCGAUACUUGUGCUAGAUCCAAAAUUUCUAGGCAUCGCCCUUAUGAGUUACUAG